AUGGAAUUAAAACCAGAAUACUUCCUUUUAGGAAUAAUUGAUUUUGAAUUGGAACUAAACAAAGACAAACUCUUCAACUACCUGGAUGACACCUACACAGAAAGCUACAUUAGCACCAUCGGGGUGGACUUCAAAAUCCGCACCAUUGAACUGGAUGGCAAAACCAUCAAACUGCAAAUUUGGGACACAGCUGGACAGGAACGGUUUCGAACCAUCACAUCCAGCUACUACCGAGGGGCACAUGGCAUCAUUGUAGUAUACGACGUAACAGAUCAGGAAUCCUACAACAACGUGAAGCAGUGGCUGCAGGAAAUUGAGCGCUACGCCAGCGAGAACGUCAACAAACUCCUUGUGGGCAACAAAUGCGACUUGACCACAAAGAAAGUGGUGGACUACACAACUGCCAAGGAAUUUGCGGACUCCCUCGGGAUCCCCUUCCUGGAGACGAGUGCCAAGAACGCCACCAACGUGGAGCAGUCCUUCAUGACGAUGGCGGCAGAGAUCAAGAAGCGCAUGGGCCCCGGAGCCACCGCCGGCGGAGACAGGCCCAACCUGAAAAUCGACAGCACUCCCGUCAAACAAGGAGGCAGUGGCUGCUGCUGAGGAGGGACACGAUCGGGAUGGUGGGGUUGGGGGGUGGGAGGGGGCUCUGGCUGGAGCCUGGGGAGAGAGGGGGAGCUUGCCCCUCUUCUGCUCGUAUCCAGCCCUUUGUGCUUUUUUCCCCCUUCUCUCAAAGGUGGCUUUUCCCGGAUGAUACCUCGGCAGAGGGGGACGGGGCCUCCCCUUCUUGCUCAGCUGCUUUCAAGGGCUGUUGAGCAGCUUUGGCCUGUUGUUUUCCCCCGCCACUUAACUGUAGGGUGGUGGUCGCUCGGAGGGGGGGAGAGGGGGUUAGGCGGGGGUGGGAGACAGGCCUGAUGCUUCCCCGUCGCUCAUCUGGCCAGGUCUGGGCAACGGUUCUCCUUGCUGGUUUUGUGUUGCUGCCCUUGCUUCCUCCUCUCAUCCUUCCUAUCCACACUAUGAUUUUUUUUCUAAAAUAGGGGGGAGCUUUUGUAUUCUUCCUUUUUCUUCCGUCUCGCCUGCAGCUCCACAGAUCUUUCUGCCGGGACGGCUAUGCUGCUGUGUGCUCCUUCUCCAAUCCUUCCAUUGGUAGUUAAAUUGGUGGUUCACCAACAUGUCGGUUUCGGAUGGUGCCAAGCACUGGAGGGUGUAUCUGUCUCUUUUUCUGCCCUAUGCUUUUUUGGGGAGGGAAGUGUGCCCUGCGACACUCAUUUCCCCACAUGAGACUGCUUUCUUUUUGCCAGUUUUGAGGAAUUGUCCCUCCACUCUACC